AUGGGCGAUAACAGUGUAGAACUCUCGACAGUUAGGGAUGGCUUGGGGGAAAGUUCAGCUGCUUGUCAUGGGAUAGUCUCAGCCACAGCCCAUGAAAGGACAUCCCUUCCAGGGACAACGAGCGUCUCGCAAGAGCCAGCAGAUCCUAUAGUCAAGCGAAACAAGAUUCAAAUCUUUGCCAUUAUGGUUGCCCUCUGUUUGUCCACGUUUAUUGCGGCUUUGGAUCAGACUAUCGUUUCGACCGCGUUGCCGACCAUCUCCUCGCGCUUACAUUCGGCCAGUGGCUACACAUGGGUUGGGGGAGCUUAUUUGCUGGCCAAUGCAGCGGCGGCCCCGAUUUGGGCCAAGCUCCGCGGUGAAUAUGAAAAUGUUAAUCGCUGGUCGAGCAUUGCAAGGUAUAGCGGGGGGGGUGGUCUACUACAGCUUGCAAUGAUCGUUGUGUCGGAUUUGUUCAGUGUCCGCGAACGGGGUCUCUAUAUGGGUAUCUUGGGGUUUAUGUGGACAAUAUCCGGCGGCCUGGGACCCAUUCUCGGUGGUGUCUUUGCGGAGUAUGUCUCGUGGCGCUGGAACUUUUGGAUCAACCUCCCGAUCUGCGGAUUAAACUUUGGCCUCCUAUUCCUUUACCUGGAUGUGCAUAAUCCAAGGACCAAGGCAAUAGACGGACUAAAAGCGAUCGACUGGGUAGGAAGCUUCUCCAUUCUAGGAUUGACGCUGAUGUUGCUCCUGGGACUGAACUUUGGGGGGGAAACGUUCGCCUGGGAUUCUCCUCAAGUUAUUUGUCUGAUUGUGUUCGGGUCUCUGUUCUCUAUUGUUUUUGUCUAUGGAGAGAAGUAUUUUGCCAAGUAUCCGUUGAUGCCUCUCCGGCUCUUUCAGCAUCGAUCUAACGUUGCUGUCUCAUUGGUGACAUUUUUUCAUGGUUUUGUGAUUGUGGCAGAGGGGCUGUUCAGUGCACUAUCAGGCUGGCUCAUUCACCGGACGGGCAAAUACCUGGAGCAAAUCUGGAUCGGAGCUAUCCUCCUGACCUUGGGAACAGGACUUUUUACCCGGCUAGUUGCCACGUCGUCGCUGGUUGAGUUGAUCAUUUUCCAGAUCAUCGCUGGGGCAGGGUCUGCCAUUCUCUUUGAACCACCGUUGAUUGCGCUGCACUCGGUAGCCGCACAAGAAGAUACAGCCAGUGGCACUGCGAUGGUGGGAUUUAUCAAGAAUAUUGCCAUGUCCACCUCCAUCGUGGUCGGUGGGGUGGUGUUUGGGAACAGCAUGACUGAAGAAAAAGGAAGGUUACAGCGAGCCGGGCUUAAGGAUGAUGAGGUGGAACGGUUGACUGGUGUUUCAGCUGCGGCGAGCACUGAGAUGAUUAAAACCAUUGCGGACCCUGCAAAGGUCCGAACCAUUGCUGAGGCUUUUGCCUCCAGUCUGCGGAAUAUCUGGAUCAUGUAUGCGUGCGUGGCGGGUCUCGCGAUGAUUGCGAGUGUGUUCAUCGUUAAGCAGACUCUGAGCGAGGAACACACUGAAACGAGAACGGGGCUCAAGGAAGAGUAG